GCGUCACUGGCACUGCCACCAAACCCACUCACUGUCACACCAACCAAGAACCACGAUACAAAAUUAGAAAAUUUGCGAGCACACAAGGGAAAAACAAAAGCAUAAGCAAAGAAGAGACGCAGAAAUGGCAAAGGCUCUUUGCAGACUUUCUUCCUCUCUCAAGAAGCCAAUCAGAUCUUAUUUCAGUGGCGGUUCCCUCUACCACAUGUCUUCUUUGCCUAAUCCAGCAGUUCCUGACAAAGAGAAUGCUCGUGCUACUUGGAUAAAGCAAUUGAAUGCUCCACUCCAGGAAGUCGAUCCCGAAAUUUCCGACAUCAUCGAACUUGAGAAAGCAAGGCAAUGGAAGGGACUCGAGCUUAUUCCAUCGGAAAAUUUCACCUCAGUUUCAGUGAUGCAAGCUGUUGGUUCUGUUAUGACUAACAAAUACAGUGAAGGGUAUCCUGGGGCUAGAUAUUAUGGAGGGAAUGAGUACAUUGACAUGGCUGAGACUUUAUGUCAGAAGCGUGCAUUAGAAGCUUUUCAAUUGGAUCCUGAAAAAUGGGGAGUGAACGUGCAGUCACUAUCUGGAUCCCCUGCUAACUUUCAAGUAUACACUGCAUUGUUGAAACCUCAUGAGAGAAUCAUGGCACUUGAUCUUCCUCAUGGUGGACAUCUUUCACAUGGUUAUCAGACUGACACAAAGAAGAUAUCUGCUGUGUCCAUAUUCUUUGAGACAAUGCCUUAUAGAUUAAAUGAGAGUACAGGUUAUAUUGACUAUGAACAGCUGGAGAAAAGUGCCACACUCUAUAGACCAAAACUUAUAGUUGCCGGUGCAAGUGCUUAUGCACGCCUUUAUGACUAUGCACGCAUCCGUAAGGUUUGUGACAAGCAAAAGGCAAUUUUGUUAGCUGAUAUGGCACACAUUAGUGGGUUGGUUGCUGCAGGUGUUGUCCCAUCUCCUUUUGAAUAUGCAGAUAUUGUGACAACCACAACACACAAGUCACUUCGUGGUCCACGUGGAGCCAUGAUCUUCUUCAGGAAGGGGGUAAAAGAGAUUAACAAACAAGGGCAAGAAGUGAAGUAUGAUUACGAGGACAAAAUUAAUCAGGCAGUAUUUCCUGGGCUUCAAGGUGGUCCACAUAAUCACACAAUAUCUGGUUUAGCAGUUGCUCUAAAGCAGGUCAUGACUCCUGAGUACAAAGCCUAUCAAGAGCAAGUUCUCAGUAACUGCUCAAAAUUUGCUCAGAGCUUACUGGAGAAGGGCUAUGAACUGGUAUCUGGUGGAACAGAAAACCAUUUGGUUUUGGUCAAUUUAAGAAACAAGGGUAUUGAUGGAUCAAGGGUCGAAAAGGUUUUGGAAUCCGUUCACAUUGCAGCUAAUAAAAACACUGUUCCUGGUGAUGUAUCUGCCAUGGUGCCUGGUGGGAUUCGCAUGGGAACACCAGCUCUCACAUCUAGGGGUUUUGUUGAGGAAGAUUUUGUGAAAGUAGCGGAGUUCUUUGAUGCAGCUGUGAAGUUGGCAUUGAAGAUCAAGGCAGAUACCAAAGGAACAAGGUUGAAGGACUUUGUAGCAACUAUGAAGUCUAAUACUAGCAUUCAUUCUGAGAUUGCACAGCUACGUCAUGAUGUUGAGGAAUAUGCAAAGCAAUUCCCAACAAUUGGUUUUGAGAAGGAAACAAUGAAAUACAAGGACUAAGGAGACUAAAGGUGUGAGAUACAUGCAUUGGUGAAUCUACCACGAUUGCCUUUAAUGUCGAUGGUUGAAGAUGAGAAUGCUCCAGGAUUAAGCAUUCAAAUAUGAGGAGCUUGUCAGUGUUUAUCUAUACAAAUUCCGAAUGAAAUUAUUGGGUUUUCACCAAUGGUUGAGAAACACCGACAAAUAAGAUAUAAAUGAGAGAUUUAGUAAAUUUAUAAGUUGUACUAAGUGCAUGUGAACAUUUUCAAUAUUUCAAAUGUUUUAUAUUAAUUAUUGGAGAAAUUUAUUGGUUUUU